GCAUUCUUCACCUCGUUCCCGUCCGGGUCGGCCGCCCGCGGAAAUUUGAAAUGGCGGAUGGGAUGCGGGUGAGUGGAGGUCUGGAGCCGCAGGCGAUGGCCUCGGGGCACCCGGACUGGGCAGCCGAGAAGGAGCUGGCACCUCUGGAGGAAGGUUUGUUCCAAGUUGAAGAUUCAUCAAGUGAUUGUAGCUCUCAUGAUAAGCCAGGCAGUAGCUUACAGAGUUUUGUGCCGGAAGGAAAGUCUCCCUUCCCAGAAAUUUUCCAAACAAGUCAACUUUUGUUCUAUGAACGAUUUAGAGCCUAUCAAGAUUACAUGUUAGCUGACUGCAAGGCCUCAGAAGUAAGAGAAUUCACAGCUGAGUUCUUAGAGAAGGUCCUUGAACCAUCUGGAUGGCAGGCAAUCUGGCACACUAAUGUAUUUGAGGUGUUGGUUGAGAUAACAGAUGUGGACUUUUCAGCCUUGAAGGCAGUGGUGAGACUUGCUGAACCAUAUGCUUGUGAAUCUGAAGUGAACACAUUCACCUUGGAAUGUAUGAAAGAGCUCCUUGAACUGAAGGAAUACCAGUUACCCCUGCAGGAGUUGUGGGUUGUGUUUGAUGAUUCUGGAGUGUUUGACCAGACAGCACUUGCAAUUGAGCAUGUCAGGUUUUUCUACCAAUUCAUUUGGAGGAGUUGGGAUGAAGAGGAGGAGGAUGAGUAUGAUUAUUUUGUCAGAUGUGUUGAACCCCGUUUGAGAUUGCAUUAUGACAUUCUUGAAGAUCGAGUUCCUUCAGGACUUAUUGUUGACUACCGCAAUUUGUUGACUCAGUGUGAAGAAAGUUACCGGAAAUUUUUAAAUCUGAGAAGCAGUUUGUCAAAUUGUAAUUCUGAUUCUGAGCAGGAAAAUAUCUCCAUGGUGGAAGGGUUAAAAUUAUAUUCAGAGAUUGAACAGUUGAAACAAAAGCUAAAACUCAUUGAGAAUCCUUUGUUGAGAUAUGUUUUUGGUUAUCAGAAGAACUCUAAUAUCCAAGCAAAAGGUGUCCGUUCAAAUGGCCAGAAGGUCACUCAUGUAGUCUCCUCCACCAUGGUGUCUGGUUUGCUGCGGUCUCUGCUCAGGGACAGGCUUUGUGAGGAACCUUUCAAGGAAGAUACAGAAAUUCAGUUCCAUAGAGAUCCAUUGUCUGCUAUAAAUGCCUGCUAUGAAGGCGACAGUGUUAUUGUUUGUCCUGGCCAUUAUGUGGUACAUGGCACAUUCUCCAUUGCUGACUCCAUCGUGUUGGAAGGAUAUGGUCUACCAGAUGAUAUCGUAAUAGAAAAGAGGGGUAAAGGAGACACUUUUGUGGAUUGCACAGGUGUGGAUAUUAAAAUUUCAAGCAUAAAAUUUGUUCAGCAUGAUGCAGUAGAAGGAAUCCUGAGGGGCUGGCUUAGAAAUAUAUCCUGGGAGUAAGUGUAUCCUGAGUGACAAUGGGAUCCACCACUGCAAGGAGGGGAUCCUCAUUAAGGAUUUCUUAGAUGAGCAUUAUGAUAUUCCCAAAAUAUCCAUGGUAAAUAAUGUCAUACAUAAUAAUGAAGGCUAUGGUGUUGUUUUGGUGAAACCUACAAUUUUCUCUGACCUGAAAGAAAACGACCAAGAUAAAACUGAAGAAAAUAAAGCAGUUAAGAUUCAAACAAGUGGACAGGCAGAUGCAGCUGGAAGAGUGGAUCUAGAGGAGCUGAUUCACUGUGCAACUGACAAGAUGGAGAUUUAUGAAAGCGCUGCCGACCUUUCUGAACAAGUUGAGGGAAAUUGUGAAAUUAUAAAUGAACUAGUUGCUGCCUCCACACAAAAAGGCCAGAUAAGGAAGAAAAGGUUGAGUGAACUGGGGAUCACACAAGCUGAUGACAACUUAAUGUCACAGGAAAUGUUUGUUGUAAUUGUGGGGAACCAGUUUAAGUGGAAUGGGAAAGGGAGCUUUGGCACAUUUCUUUUCUGACCACGGUGAUAUAAAUAGCUAACAAAAUGUUGGAUUUUGCACAUGCUCCCCUAAGAUUCACUGCUGCUCAUGUGGUUUGCUUCAUGUCUAUAUUUGAUACAUUUGGUUGGGCUUGAGUGAAAUGUAAAUUUAUUUCUACCUGCAAGUAUUACACAUAAAGCAGUCCUUUAUAGAAAAGGUCAUUAAAAUAUGUAAAAUAGAAAAUAAUUGGAGAUUUCAUAUCUAGACUGUCUUGCUUUCUUGAAUAUAUACUUCUCUCAUAUUAAGCCUGUUAAUAACUUUCUAGUGUAAAUACACUUUAAUCUUUUUUUUUUUUUUUUUGGUGCCGGGGAUCGAACUCUGGUCCUUGCUUGUGCAGCAGGCAGCGAAACCGCUGAGCUAAAUCCCUGGCCCAGAUACACUUUGUGCUUCAGAGAGGAGGAAGGAAAGCAGCAAAUGCAAGACAAGUGCAUAAAAGUGCAGUAGGUGCCUCAUGUUUGGUGUUCUUCUGGAAUUGGUCUUUUUAGCCCAAUUAUAGCCAGUCUGAUUUUUAUACUAUAUUUGCAUAAUACUUGUCUUAAAGGAAAAGCUUUUAUGAUUAGGAAGUUAUCCACCUAAUCAGACUUGUUAUUGAGAAUCUGAGUGGGAUACAUGUUUAUGUCAUCGAAAGUGCAAUAGAUAGCAUGGCAAGUUUGAAACAAAUAAAAUGUGUUGUUUGGAGUCAGUGUGUACAUAGAACAUUUCUACUGUUGAAUAUGAAUGAUUAAAAGGUAUUUUUCUUUUAUAACUAUUCUGGUCAUAUGUAUUAGAAAGUCAAAAUGAUUAUGUAGCCUAUAUGAGCUAUAUAUUCUUGGUAUGUCAUACCAUGAACCUUAGCUUUUAACAUUUUAAACAUAAUUUAACAUUUUAA